AUGCCACGAUCAAGUUUUUCGGAUAAUCCGUUAUUGCGGGUGUCACGACCAGUCUCAGCCUGCUCUAGAUGUCGAAGUGCCAAAGUCAAGUGCGAUGGAAAGCUACCGGCAUGCACUGCCUGCGAGAAGGCUGGCCGUGAAAAAGAGUGCUCAGCUGCCAACGAUCAAUUCGCUCGAGGCAAGGAACGGAGCUACGUCGCUGCGCUCGAACUCCGCAUAGAGAAGCUGGAAAAGCGACUGGCGUACGCUCGAUCAAGAAAGGCGUCCGUCGCUCAGCAUGAGUCUGAGGUAUCACCGGCGCAACCGGAGCCUGACCGCAAAGAUUCGCUUGCUCUUAUCAAGGCUGCUAUAUACCGUAAAGCUGCCAGGAAGCGAGAAAUGUCCGAUGUCAAUUCGUUGAUGUCCGACUUUGGCUAUCUAUCAAUCAAUGCUACAACGAGAGACUUUGAACCUACAAUGAGUAACAUGACAUUUGCACGCCUCGUGUUGGCCGCCGCUUCCAACGAUCCGCUCCCAAAUGUUGUGGACUUGACGCUGCCUCCUAAGCAGGAUGCCAUUUCUCUUGUUCAGUAUUAUAUGACGAAUAUUUACUCUCUUUACCCCGCGUUUCCCGAAACGACUCUUUACACCAUACUGGAGCAGAUGUACUCGUUCCAGGAGCGAGCGAUAAAAGAUGUUGACUAUUGGCUCGUAUAUAUGGUGCUAGCCGUCGGGUCUGCCGCCCAGAGUCGAGCGAAGAACGACACUUACUACCGUAACGGGCUACGUUUCGUCGCGCAAGCCUUGCAGCACGCAGACAGAGCGUUGAUGCCGGGUUACACCACACAGAUACAAUCUUUAAUCCUACUUACACAAUAUUCGAUGCUGGAUCCCGCUCAUUUCGAUAGCUGGCACUUAAUCGGCUUCACCUCCAGAGCGGUGAUCGACCUAGGAUUUCACCAGGACCCCCCACCUGAACAGUUUUCGGACAAGGCGGUGCUAGAUAUGAGGCGGAAGACAUUCUACUGCGUCUAUUCGUUGGACAGUAUGGUCCAUGCACGCGCCUUCUCCUUCACUGACGCAUCGACAAACGUCGGCUGGCCUCGGCCUUCUUCAUUCAGUCGCCGAGCGUCAAUCACCGGCAAAAUCCUUUCGGGCUCCGAGCCCGCCUUCUUGCUCUUCCAACUGCGGCGAGCCCAGUCGCAUUGGUACCAGGCGCUUUUCCAGUCCGAGCCGACGCCCUUGCACGACGCAUCCUCGUUCAUCUGGCAGAUGUGCCAAGACAUGCGGGAAUGGGCCGAGACGCUCCCCUCCACCCUGCCCGUCGGCAUGCGCGAGCACUUCGACCUGGAGCUGCGGUACAGCUUCGUGUACUGCAUCGCGCCGUCCGCGCGCGCCCCGCACAUGACGGACUACGGGCGGCUGCUGAUCUUCGAGCACGCGAUCGCGUACCUGGAGCGCAUCUUCGAGGUCGCGCACCGCGAGACCCAGGCCGCCUUCUACACGUACCACGACGCCCUGCGCGUCUUCUUCAUGGCCAGCCAGUUCGUCGCCGUCCUCCGCGACGCCGAGGACCUCCUCCUCGCCGGCGUCACCCCGCCCGCGCCCUUCGUCGAGCUCGGCAAGCCCCAUCCCCCUCCCCUCCCCGUGCCCUCCCGCCCCGCCGGCCCCGGCCCCGGAGGCGUCGAUAACGUCGAGAGGAGCUUGGCCUGUCUCGAGAGGACCACCCGCACCCUCGGCAAGUACGGCGAGCGCUGGGAGACGUGCGUCGCCCUGAAGCAGAGCUUCGAGAUGAUCUCGGGCGAGCUCGUAGAUCGCCUGCGCGUCCGGAAGCAGAUGAAGCAGCGCGCGGCGCCGCCUCAGCACGUCCCGCCGCCAAUGGGCAGGGAGAUGAAGUGGGUUGGUGUAGACGUUGAGGCUCUGAUGAGGGGGAGCUCGGGAGGGUCAAGAGGAGUAAAGUUCGAGUAG